AAAGCACGGACCAUGCACUUAAAGAUUUACACGUGUGGUCGUGGUACAGUCGCGUCUGGACCCCCUUGAACUCGAUGGCUGUUUCCGUCUUUCUUUGCUUGUCACUCAAGCAACCUCGACAGCGUCCGUGUGGUUCUUUUGAUGAGAGUACGGAUAUUUCCAACAUUGCUACUCCCAAGUUGUCAAGGCAUUGAUCUGUGAAAAUGGUCAUCAAGCGCAAACGGUCCGACUCGCACCUGAGCUCCUUUAGCUCAGCCCUUGCAUCACCACCUCGGGCGAGCAGCUUCAACUUCGAUGCCAUCAGUGCGAUGGAUACGGCUAGGCGCGGCUUCUUUUCGCCCCGUCUCCCCACCUCUUCACACAUGCCUGGCCGUACCAGGAAGCGCUUCCGCGAUAAUAGGCCACCUGAGGCAAUCAUUCACCAACGUACCCUAAAUCUGCUAUUCUCUGCACAACAGCAGCAACAUACUCAGCAACAAGCGCCGUCGCCGCCCCAAGUUCAAGUCACUGAACCGACUCCAACCUUAGUUCCCUCAGAGGUGCACCCCGACCAACACCAACGCUCCCUCCACAGCUUCUGGAAGCUCCCCACACGAACUGUGGCUAGCCCGUCGUCGUCUCAGGCGUCUUUGACCUCUUCGCCAUCCCCAAUUGCGAUGCCCAACUCAUCCACAGCGGUGGCUUCAACAACAUGUGACGACUGUGGCGUGGGGCUGCUGGAAUCGGAUGCCUGUGGUGAUCAGGAUGGCAUCAUGAUGGAUAUAGAUGGAGGCGGCGAAAUGGGAGAAAACACGUGCGGAGCGUGUGGGAAGACGGUAUGCUUCAGCUGCUCGGUCAGCAAUCUUGGGGAGCACAGGCGAUGUUUGGCUUGCGCUGGGAGACGGGACUGGGGGGCAGCCAACGGGAGCGGGCGGACCCAGGGUGUUGGUGUGUACUGA